CAUCCCACCGAACACAUUGAUAAGAUCCCAUGGUCCACCCCCUCUUCCAUCAUCAUCCUACUCCUCCAACACACUCCUCCCAGCAACAAAAACAACAACCACUACGAUUCUAAAAUGGCCCUCACACCCUGGGAACAAACCGCAGCAACCAAACGGCAAUCCGUCCUCGCCGCCAUCCCCGAGAAAUGGCGCAUCAAGGGCCCCAUCCCCACUCUAACGGAGCAGCGCGACGUAACAGGCCCCUAUAUCCAGCAGUUCCUAUCCCCGCGCGAGAUUGAAAUCACCGAAACAGAUGCCGUAGGAAUCACCGAGCGAACCACAACGGGCCAGUGGACGGCUGUGGAGGUCACCGAGGCGUUCUGCCAUCGCGCAGCGUUGGCGCAUCAACUUGUAAACUGCCUACAUGAAAUCUUCUUCGACGCUGCGCUCGAAACUGCCCGUGUGCUCGACGAUCACUACACCAAAACUGGAAAACCACUCGGUCCCCUUCACGGCCUGCCCGUCAGCUUGAAAGAUCAAUUCCAUGUAAAGGGCGUGGAAACCACGAUGGGCUACGUCGGAUGGAUUAACACCUUCCAAGGCAAGACUGACGACCCACGCUAUCUUACGCAUGAAAGCGAACUCGUCAAAGAGCUUCGCGCUGCUGGGGCAGUUCUCUAUUGCAAGACUAGUGUCCCCAUGACGUUGAUGUCAGGUGAAACUAUGAAUAAUAUCAUAACCUACACGCAUAACCCCAAGAACAGACUCCUCAGUUCCGGAGGUAGUUCUGGAGGUGAAGGAGCGCUGAUUGCUUUGCGGGGGUCACCGGCAGGAUUUGGUACGGAUAUCGGGGGGAGUAUUCGUGUCCCUGCGUCUUUCAAUGGACUGUAUGGAAUACGGCCGUCUGUGGGGAGAAUGCCGUAUGAGGGGGCAGCUAAUUCUGGAGAUGGACAGAACACAGUGUUGUCAGUUGUAGGGCCGUUGUCUUCGUCGGCUAGAGGGUUGGUUCUGUUGUUCAAGACGGUAUUGGAGGCGAAGCCGUGGCUGGGAGAUCCUGGUGUGUUGGAGAUCCCCUGGAGGGAUGAUAUCGUAGAAGAAACGAGGAAGCUGGUGCAGGGACAGCCAGAGGGGCUAUCUUUUGGAAUUUUUUACGAUGAUGGGCUGGUAAAGCCGCAGCCACCAGUCGAGAGAGCGAUGCGCAUCGCUGCAGAGACGAUCAAGAGUUUAGGACACAAUCUCAUCAACUGGCAACCCCCCUCUCACCAAACAGCCGCCUCCAUCGCAAACCGCGCCUACAACCUCGACGGCGGCGCCGACGUACUCCAAAACUUCGCUCUCUCCAACGAAACAAUCCACACCUCCGUCGUAAUUGACGCCUCGGGAUCACCGCAAAAGACCGCACUAGAAAUCGCCGCCCUAAACGUCGAGAAGCGCGAAUACCAGAAACAGUACCUCGACUACUGGAACAGCACGGCGCAACUGACGGGGACUGGCCGGCCCGUCGACGCGGUCAUUUGUCCGGUGGCGCCGCAUGCGGCGUGUAUUCCGGGGAAGUAUGCCACGAUUGGGUAUACGGCGUUUAUUAAUGUGUUGGAUUAUACGAGUGCCGUUGUGCCGGUUACGUGUGCUGAUCGGGGGGUGGAUGUUUUGGGGUCGGAGGGGAGGGAGUAUUUUGGGGAGUUGGAUAGGAGGACGGAGGGGGAGUGUAAGUUCUCUUUUCAUUCUUUUUUUUUGUUCUUUUUGUUUUUGUUUCUUUUUUUGGAUGGAGGGGACGGGGGUUGUUUGCUGUCGAUGAGGUUGGGUUAUGUGCUGACUGGAUGUUGCUAUCUAGACGAUGCGGAUGUGUUUGAUGGGGCGCCGGCUGGGAUUCAGCUCUUUGGAAGACGGCUUCAGGAGGAGAAGAUUCUGGUACUGGCUGAGUAUCUUGGUGAGGAAUUUAGGAAGGCUAGUGCUUGAUCAUAGCUAGUAGAGUGAGAAUCAGUCAAUAGCUCUAGUUAUUUUGAGAGAAUUGCGGUGACAACACAGGUUU